AUGUCGGAAAGUGAGGCUGGCUUCGCGGCUUCCGAUGUGGAGAUUGAGGAAGUCGAUGUGUACGAGAUGGACGAAGAUGUCCUGAAGGAGUUUAUCGAAGUGCACGAUCUGCCGCGCACGGUGUCUGCUUUGCCAGCUCCGAAAGCGGGUCCAUCAAGCGCGACGGUCGGAACUGGCUCUUCAGCCGCGUCGGAGUCGGAAACGGACGAAGAAAAUACAGAACAGCGGGAAACGCUUAUCAAGAAGUUGGUUGCGCGAGAAAUUUCCUACAACGAGUAUCAGGAACGAAUGCAACAGGACGAUGACCUGGACGACGAGGAUGUCGAAAUGGAUCGAAACCGUCACCGCAAGUCGUUCGGGUUCGAGGCGGACUUCAGAACAGCGCGAAGAGAUGCUUUGAAAGGUAAUCUUCAGGGCCCGACGCAUCCAGCUUCCGAAGGCAAAAACCCACGGCGUCGGCAGAGGCGUCUCCUGCCGCCAGCCCUUCAGGGCCUGAUGGGAGAGGCCAAUCUCUGCUAUGCCCGAGGCGACACGAAGACGGCGAAGGACCUGUGUCUGGAGAUCAUCCGGCAGGUUCCGUUGGCAUACGAACCAUUCAUUACGCUGGCCCAGAUCUAUGAGGCCGACGAUCCGGAACAGUACCUAGAGUGUUCGCUGAUCGCUGCCCACCUGAAUCCCUCCGAUAUAGAACACUGGGUACGCGUGGCGGAGAUAUCGAUCGAAAGGGGCAACAUUGAGCAAGCGCAAAAGUGCUACACCCGUGCGAUUAAAGCGGAUCCCAAAAAUAUCGAUGUUCGUCUGAAGCGUGCGCAGCUUGUCGAAAGCAAGGGCGACGAGAAGCAAGCGUGCAAGUACUACUAUGAUCUGCUGCCGCACGUCCCGAAAGAACAGGGAGACUUUCUUAUCAGUACCGCGAAGCGGGUGGCAAAAAAGUUCCACGAAGAAACCAACAUCGGGGCGGCACUCGAGGCGAUGGAUCGCGCAUACGCGACGGUACCGGAAAAGUUCUCAAGUGAGGACAUCAACCUACUACUCGAACUGUUGAUCGCCAAUGGACUUUACCAACGAGCAUUGGACGUUCUAGCGACACACGCCAACGUUGCAGUGAAUGAUUCAUUCUCCCCGGCCACAGAAGCUGACGCCGGACAACGGAUAACGUUUUCUGUUUCGAUACCGGACGAAAUGAUACUGGAUCUUCGCACGAAGCUGGCCAUGGUGCUGGUGCACCUGAAGUGCGAACAUCUUUUUACCUUCAUAAUUGAUGACAUCAUGGCACAUAUCGAUCCUGAAAACGGUGGAGACUGCUAUCUGGACAUUGCGGAGGCGCUCAUGAAGGAAGAGUAUUACCGGUAUGCGUUGCGACUGCUGGUGCCGUUGAUUAAAAGCAAUCGCUUUUCUAUGGCCGCCGUUUGGCUGCGUUACGCCGACUGUUCGCGAUUUGUUGAAAAAUACGAUGAAGCCAUCGAGGGUUACCGGCGGGUCGUCUCACUGGCGCAGCAUCUGGAUGCACGAUUGGCGCUGGCAGCGCUGCUGAAGAAGCAAGGCAAAUACACUGACGCGCUGAAAGCUCUGGAGCAGGAUCCGGAACGCGAAUAUCUCGAUCCGGAGGUACUGCACGAGCGCUGCCUAAUGCUCGAAGAGAUCGGCUACUAUAAGGAGUUUCUCGAGGCGGGCUUCAUGCUUCUCGCGCGCAAUUGCUAUCAGCUGAAAAAUCGUCACGAGAUGGAGCUGGUUGUAUCGUACGUCCGAUUUUACGAUAUGCGAGCCAACGAGACAGAGAAACGAGUGCUCGGCGAAGGCGUGCCUGACUUUGUCAGUGGGUCCGAUCUUCAGCUGGAAACAGAAUGGGAUCUCGUACUGCGGCUGCUGAGAGUCGCGGAAAAGAUGCGCAACUACCCGUACUUUAUGAAGCUGGUGUUUACGCUCAACACCUCCAAGCGCUUCCAGGGUUACCGGUACGAGUUGCUGCAGCUGGCUCUUGCAGCCUGCAUCUUUAACCGAGAUCCAACGUUCGGGCACAAUAUCCUGCGGGAGCAGAUACGCACCCUGCUGGCACUGCAGCCGGAAAACAUCAAUCAUCCGCGAUUGUGGAAUGUGUUCAACUUGGUCGUUUUCAUUAGCGGCGACGUACGGUACAAUCGAUACCUAGCGAGACUCUUCGAUCGCGUCCCGAGCAUUGCGGUUCAACCGAAAGCCCUUAUUGCCAACUAUCAUCUCACCUCCUGCACCUACAAGUAUGCCCUAAACGAGUACAACAAAAUUUUUCGUGCCACCGAAGAUCCACUUUACGCGAUGAUGGUUGCCGUCACGUUGACGCAAAUUGCUUGCCAAAAGUUUACCCCCAAGAAGCAAACACUCGUGGCGCAGGCCAACAUACACAUGGACCAGUAUCGGAAGGGGCGGAUGGCAGAGAUACGGCACGAGGUGUACUACAACUUUGGCCGCAUGUUCCACCAACUCGGUAUGCUACACCUGGCGGUGGACUACUACAAGCGCGUGCUCAGCUUCGACAGUGCGGUCAUCAGAGAGUGUCCCGAACAUUUGGACCUGAAGGCGGAAACGGCGUACAAUUUGAGUUGCAUCUACAAGCAGAGUGGAAACUUGGAGCUCGCUCGCAAAUAUCUCUACGAAUACAUACGAGUGUAA